AUGCGGCUCUGCCCAGUGCCCAGCUCUGCAGCAGGAUGUGCCGGUGCUGGCGCCCACUGGGUGAGCCUGACUCUGCUGCCAUUUCCUGCGCACAAGGUUUCAAGUCAGCGAGCUGCAGGCACUCUCCACACUGAUGUGACGAUGGCCAUGGACAGUGGAUGCGGAAGGGCCCACUUGGGUGCGUCCAGGGGCGUGAGGACCCGCCAGGCGGUCGUGAUUCUGGGAUGUCCCACCGGUAUCAAGAAAGUUAACGGUCACCUACAGGGAUGCUUGCAACAUCAAAGAUGUCCAAAGAGAAUAGAAUAAUGCCCUAAACAUACUACAUUGGGAAAUGUUGUUCAUCGGAAUAAAAGUAAUUUUCCUUUCAAGCUAAAUCAUCAUAUAUUUGACAUACAUGGAAAUACAAUGAAAUCAAAUUUCAGUUUAGCAAACCGGAACAGAAACUGUGACAUAAAAAUCUCGGUUGAGAUUAACGGAGAUGCAAAAUCCUUUAAUGCAAAGCAUGAGCCAUUUCACACUGAAGUUAAGUUUCCUGAGUGUGGAAGUACUGUGAACACAAAUUCACAAUUGGUUAAGCAUCAAAGAACUCAGCAGACAGCUAAGCCCCACGUAUGCAAGGAGUGUAUGAAAGCCUUCCUCAAGAAGUCUCAUCUCAUUGAUCAUGAGAGAGUUCACACAGGGGAGAGACCUCAUGUCUGUGGUAAGUGUGGGAAAGCUUUCUCCAGAAAGUCCAGGCUGACUGAACAUCAGAAAACCCAUUUAAGGGAGAAACAGUACAACUGCUCUGACUGUGACAGAGCCUUCCCCAAGAAGUCACAGCUACUUACUCAUCAGAAAAUGCACACAGGAGAGAAACCCUGUGUAUGCAAUGAAUGUGGAAAAGGCUUCAUCAAGAAGUCUCGACUUGUUAAUCAUGAGAGAGUUCACACAGGAGAGAAACCUCACGGAUGCAGUCUCUGUGACCAAGCCUUCUCCAGGAAGUCCAGACUCACUGAACAUCAGAGAACUCAUAUCAGAGAGAAACCUUAUGGAUGCAGUGACUGUGACAAGGUGUUUCAAUGGAAAUCACAGCUCAACGCACAUCAGAAAACUCAUACGGGAGAGAAGUCGUACAUAUGCAAUGACUGUGGAAAAGGCUUCAAUCAGAAGGGCAAUCUCAUUGUCCAUCAGCGAACUCACACUGCAGAGAAGCCUUAUCUAUGCCAUGAAUGUGGGAAGGGCUUCAUCCAGAAGGGUAAUCUCCUCAUACAUUGACACAUUCAUACUGGAGAGAAACCUUAUGUAUGUACCAAAUGUGGGAAAGGCUUCAGCCAGAAAACAUGCCUCAAAUCACAUCAGAGAUUUCACACUGGAAAGAUGCCCUUCAUAUGCACUGAAUGUGGAAAAUCCUGUUUGCAAGAGUCUGGCCUCAUUAACCAUCAGAGAAUUCACACAGGAGAGAAACCCUAUCACUGCAGUGACUGUGGGAAAGCAUUCAGAGAUAAGUCAUGCCUCAACAGACAUCGGAGAACCCACACAGGAGAGAGACCCUACAGGUGCUCUGACUGUGGGAAAGCGUUUUCUCACUUGUCAUGCCUGGUUUACCAUAUGAGAAUGCUGCAUGCCAGAGAGAAAUGUAUAGGCUCAGACAAGUUGGAAAAUCCUUUCUCUAAGAGUCACAACUCAUCACAUUCAAGUGAUGGCAUAGAGAAGAAGGACUCUGCUGUGGUGGCCGUGAAGACACCCACAGUGGCAGCCCAGACAUCACACAUCAGCAGGUUCCCGGCAGAGGAGAACACAGCUGUCGCGGGCCAGCUGCCGGUCAGGUGUGCACUGUCAGCAGGUAACAGAAUUUGCACAGAAGAGAAACCUGCUGGAUGCAGUGAGUGUGGCAGUGCCUUCAGUGAUCAGGAAUACAUGGUGAUAGUCAAAGUGGACAACCCUUGA